GUGGUACUUGCUUACACUGGUGUCGUAGCGGCUCUUCUAGCCAUUCUAGGUGCAUUUGGACUAUUGAGUCUUUUUGGGACAAGUUUUGUCAACCUGUGCAGCGUUAUGCCGUUUUUGGUGUUAGGGAUUGGAGUGGAUGACAUGUUGCAACUGUUGAUAGAAUGGAGAAAAGUUUCAGCUACAAGUACACAGGAUGAAAGGUUGUCGAACACGUUAAGAUCGGCAGCAGUUUCAAUCACCAUCACCUCCUUAACUGACUUGCUGGCAUUUUGCAUUGGAGCCACUAGUCCAUUCCUUAGUGUCAGAAACUUUUGUGCGUGUUCAGGUCUUGGAAUUUUUUUGUGCUACAUGAACCAGCUGACAUUUUUUAGCGGAUGUAUAGUCCUGAUAUCAAGAAGGAGCAAGUGUUGUCAAAGAAAAAAGAAACAAAUACCGCAAGAAUCACUUUGCUUAGGAAAUUCGUUAAACUCAUGCGACAGAAAAAGUUUUUCGGCACCUGCAGUUGGCAUCUGCGAAACGUUUUCAAAAUAUUUUUCAAAAUAUUAUCCCAAAAUAUUGCUGCACUGGGUAGGGAAAACAAUAACUGUAAUUAUUUUUGUGGCAUAUGUAUGUAUGUCAAUAUACGGGGUAACGAGGUUGGAAGAAGGUCUAAAUUUGGAAGCUCUUGUGCCUUCCGAACAUUAUUAUCGGCACCAUGCCGUUAUAGAUUACAAAUUUUUUCCAAAUUGCGGUAUAGUAGUUACGUUUGUCAUUCAUCAGCCGAUCACCUAUCAUGAAGUUAGAACUCAGGAAAAAGUGCACUCGUUUUUAAAAAGCGUUGAAGCAUCAGAUUUUGUGGUUGACAAUUCUUCCGUUUCAUGGUUGGAAGCUUACAAUCACAGUUUGAUGUCUAAGGACAAGCCAAAGCGAAAAGUCUGGAAUGCUAGUGAAUUUGGAAAAAAAUUACAAACCGAGUUUCUUCCAAAAAAUUUUCAAUAUUUAGCGGACGUAAAGUUUUCAAAACAUGCUAAAUCGCCUUGGGUAAUUGAGGCUUCACGAUUUUACGUUGUAUGUCAUCGAACAAACACAUCCGAAGACGAAAAAGAUUUGAUGUUAGAAAUGAGAAAACUAGCAUCUAAUUCAUCACUGCCUAUGAAAGCAUUCAGUCCAAACUUUGUCUUUUAUGAGCAUUACGCGUCCAUUGUAAAAAACACUCUGUUGCCCGUUGGGGUGACCGUUAUAGGAAUGUUAUUUGUUGCUCUCGUCUUCAUUCCUCAUCCUAUUGCGGUAACUUGUGUGAUAGGAUCGAUGGCAAGUGUUGUGGUGGGAAUGAUGGGAUUCAUGCAACUUUGCAGUCUUGCCUUGAGCGCCAUCACAACCAUGCAAAUAAUCUUAGGUGUCGGAAUAUGCGUCAGUUUUACGGUCAGAACCAGUCACGCAUUCAUGACUGCAACAGGAAAAAGUCGAAACGAAAGGGUAACAUCGGCUUUGGUGAAAGUUGGAGCUUCUAUUUUGACAGGAGCUUCUUGUUCUUCGCUUUCUGCCUUUGCGUUGUAUUACGGAUCUUCAUUUAUUUUUGCUUCAUUUUUUAAAACGAUGGCAUUUGCUCUAUUUUUAGGUGUUUUACAUUCAAUUGUCUUCCUUCCUGUAAUGCUCAGUUUCGUUGGACCAAGGAGAACCGGCAAACCUCGCUUGUUCAUCCCGACUACCGCACCAUCUUCGACACCCAGUGCAGAUAGCAACGUGGAUAGCAAAGAAAAAAAUUAUUCAAGUUGUACGUCAAAAGAAAAACUUGAAAGAAAAUUAUCACAAGAAUCCACCACAUCUAAAAACUCUUUCAAUACACAAACUGUGAAACCUUUGAAAUCCUCUCUUAGUAAUUUACCUCGUGUCUCAUCAAAAAGUCUUUUAUUCUCAAACUCUAAAGAUGAUAAAAUAAGCGCUGAGAGUGCAAACAGCAACGACGAAGAAGCCUGCACUAAAAAUACAAAGCAACAUAAAGUUUCAUUCAAACUUGAAGAUUCGUUGAAACCUCAAACAGUGCAAUCCUCUGAGUUGUCUCUUUGUGAAAAAAAUUGUGAUUGAUUUGUUUUAUGAACUUCAUUGAAGUUGUUUAUCUUAUACACAAGUAUAACCGGUAAUGUUCACUUGAACAUUUUCAAUUGAUUAUUAUUAGUUAUAUUGCUACCUCUGAUUAAUAAAUAAUUUGAGAAAUGUUUUAUUCAACAUGUCCCAAC